AUGGAUGCUGCAAAGGUAGCAGAACUGAGGGAGUUCGUUAGUAAGUGCAAGUCAAACCCUUCACUGAUCCAUACCCCUUCUCUUGCCUUCUUCAAGUCCUAUCUCCAAAGCCUUGGCGCUCGAAUUCCGCCGAUCCCAAAAAUGGAUAAAGUUGAUGAGUACAUGUCAGACACUAAAGAUCAUUUUGAUGCCAAAAGACCUGAUCCAUCCCUUGAUAAUGAUGAGGAAAUUGUUGAGUCUGAUAUCGAGUUGGAUGCUACUGAUGUUGUGGAGCCUGAUAAUGAUCCUCCACAGAAGAUAGGAAACCCAUUGGUUGAAGUUACAGAAGAAAUGCAGGAUGCUGCACAAAUAGAAAAAUCAAAAGCUUUAGAUGCCAUCUCUAAAGGUAAGCUGGAUGAAGCCAUAGAUCAUAUAACAGAAGCCAUCAUGUUGAAUCCAACUUCAGCAAUAUUAAAAGCAACCAGAGCUAGUGUCUUUGUCAAAUUGAAUAAACCAAAUGCAGCAAUUCGUGAUGCUAAUGCAGCUUUAGAGAUCAACCCCGACUCUGCAAAAGGAUAUAAAAUAAGAGGAAUGGCAAAGGCCAUGUUAGGUCACUGGGAAGAAGCGGCAAGUGAUCUUCAUGUAGCAUCAAAGUUAGAUUAUGAUGAGGAGAUUGGUUUGGUGCUUAAAAAGGUUGAACCUAAUGUCCGCAAAAUUGAGGAGCAUCGCAGAAAAUAUGAACGCUUACAUAAAGAAAGGGAGAUAAAAAGUGCUGAACGUGAGAGAAAGCGGCAAGCUGAAGCUCGAGAACGGGAUGCGUUGUCUGCUCUUAAGGAUGGUGAAGUCAUUGGUAUACACUCAGCCAAAGAACUGGAGACAAAGUUGAAUGCUGCUUCAAGGACAUUGCGGCUUGCAAUCCUCUACUUCACCGCAACAUGGUGUGGUCCUUGCCGUUUCAUAUCUCCUUUGUAUACAAGCUUAGCUGGAAAGUACCCAAAGGCCGUUUUCUUGAAAGUUGACAUAGAUGAGGCUGGAGAUGUUGCUGCAAACUGGAAUAUAAGCAGCGUUCCGGCCUUUUUCUUUGUAAGAAAUGGUAAGGAGGUUGACAAGAUGGUGGGGGCAGACAAAACUGCACUAGAAAGGAAGAUUGCACAACAUGCAGGCUCAACUUGA